AUUUCGUGUCAUACAAUGUGUCAUUGUUUCAAAGUAUCGUGUCCAAUUUCCAGUGUCUUGACAAAACUAGUAACUGGCUGUGUUUUCAGGUACAAGGACAACCCUUUCACAUCAGGAGACAGCUUUGGGUCACGGUGGGACAAUGAUGGCGGAUCGUCGUUCUCCUCCUGGGCUCUGGAGAAGGAGGAGCCUAAAGACAGCGAGGUCACCAUCUCAAGCAUUCAGCCAAUUGGAGAAAGGUUGCCCAGCAGACGGAAGCCAGAGGUUUCUGUGCCAGUCUCAGAGUCUAGCGAAGCGCGCCAGAAGUUUGCUAAUGCUAAAGCCAUCUCAUCAGACAUGUUCUUCGGCCGUGAGAGCAACCCAGAGUAUGAAGCAAAGACUCGUCUGGAGGGUAUGUCUGGAAGCACCUCCAUCAGUUCUGCUGACCUCUUUGGUGAUGGCAGUGUUCGUCCCUCUGGCUCAACAGGGUUUGACAGCGUUCUUCCCUCUGGUCCAGACAUCGCUCAGUUCAAGCAGGGUGUGAAGUCCGUAGCAGGGAAGAUGGCAGUGCUGGCUAAUGGGGUCAUGAACACCAUUCAGGAUCGCUAUGGAUCUUACUGAAGGACUGUGUUGGGACUGCUGCAUCAAACAGGACACCUCACUGCUGAUGGGAAGCGCUCUGUCUUUCUGAGAGAUAGCGAGAGAGAAAGAGAGAGAGAGAUGAAGACCAGGACCUCCCCAUCUCUCCCCAGACCACUGUAGACACUCACUGACAGUAUUUGAACAAAAAAAUUCUCUCUAAAGACUCUCCUUUUACUUUAAGACGACCGCAGAAGCACUGAGAAGAGAGUAACGCUUGUUUUCUCUAUCGCAGUGCGCUCGGUUUUAACUAACAGUCCUGUUUUCUAUGCCCGGUCUUUGAUUUCAAAAAAGUAUUGUCUGGAAUUAAAUGUACAUCUAAACUUAUAGCGCUAAUGUCCUCACGGCUUUUGUUUUGUUUUUGUAUUUUAACGGAGACCCCGGUAAAACGAGGAAAGGGGUUGAUUUCUAAAUCGAGGCCGUUUGCUAAAUACGAUCUUUUAGAUUUGGAUGCAUUAUCGUGAUUUUACAUUAUUAGUUAUGAGAAAGUUGGAGUGAUAAAACGACAGUAAUAUUGUGCAAUAUGUCCUCGCAUGGCAAGAAUGAUGAGGCUUUUUUUGUGGACGUGGCUGUGUGAUUGACGCCUGGAAGUUUGAGUUUUUUAGGACAUGAUUUUUUUUUAAAGAAACACUGAACCAUGUUUUUGCAUGCCAGCAUAAGCCGAAGACUCUGGUGCUGAAUUCCAGCAUUCAGUCAAAUUUACACAACUAUAGAUCUGAUUUCGCCCUCAGUUUUGACCAGUUUCCCAACCCUGUUUCUAAAGGCACACCAACAGUACACAUUUUCAACAUCUUCCUAAUCAAACACACCCCAAUCCACUCAUUUGAACAUCAGAAAAGACUCUAAAACCUGAAGUUAAUGGGUCAGAUGAGGGAGACAUCCAAAAUAUGUACUGUUGGUGUGCCUUUAGGAACAUGUUAGGGAAACACUGGUUUAGACAACAAUGAUUGAAUAAUAUUUGAAUUCCCCCAUCGCAGUACCAUCAUCAGUUAAUGUGCAUGUGCGAUACCGUUUCCUAGUACAUGCAUCAUUACAGCCUUCUUUUCUUCUCUUUUGGGGUUUAUGCCAGCCUGGAAACUGGUUCUAUUUGUCUGCCUGUCCAUUUGUAUUCCAAUGCUAAAUUUGAAAAAAAAUGAAUAAAGAACAACGAUCCAACUAGCGUCUGGAAUUAAAAGCUAUUUAUUGUAGCCUGCUGAGGAGAACCUGUUGCAAUGUGUGUGAGAAUAAAAGAUUGAAAACCCCCGCCCCCCACCACCCUAA